GUGAGAACCAUGUCCAUUUGGUGCUACUGUUAUUGGGUCUAAAAAGCAGUAUCUGCAGUACCAGGGCCCUUAGUUAACCAGACUGUGUGUUUUCUUCCACACCAUGAUGCUCUCUGUUGGUAGCAGCUGUUGAAGAGUGGCUUAAAGAGAGGACAAUCACGCAUAAAGCAGAAUGACUGUCUACAGCAACAGGCCAACGGCAGGGUGGCCAGCCACCUCUCUGAGGUCCUCGCCAUAUCACUGUGUCUCUCUGACGCUCAGAGGAACCUUUUUAAUGAAUGAGUGACAUCUGUAUCUCUGUGCGCUAACCACGGGGAGAGGCUGAUCAGAAAACGGAUCAACAGACUAACACAAUGCGGUAUCUUUGUCUGCUGGACUUAGUUAUUAUCUUGUCCUUGACAUCAUGCUGCAUGUUGAGUAAGGUGAGAGCUCCACACAGUCUGGAGCCCAACCACCAGCUGGGCCAGGGGUCUCCCACCACUGCCCUACACCAGAGACUCAGACGGGGCUGGAUCUGGAAACAGCUUUUUGUCCCAGAGGAGGACCCCACUCCAAGCGUGAUUGGCCAGCUAAAAUCAGACUACGACAGAGGGGAUUUCGCUAUCAAGUAUAUACUGUCGGGUGAAGGUGCUGGGGAGAUGUUUGAGAUCGAUGAAUAUUCAGGAGAGAUCCGUACAUUGCAGAAGCUGGACCGCGAAGAGAAGGCCUUCUACCUCCUGCAGGCUCAUGCCCUUGCUCGGAAGUCCAACGAACCCGUGGAGCCCCAGUCAGAGUUCAUCAUCAAGGUCCAAGACAUCAACGACAACAUCCCCCAGUUCCAGAACGAGCCCUAUGUCUCCAGCAUCCCUGAGAUGUGUCCCAUGGGGACCACCGUGGCCCAGGUGACAGCUACAGAUGCUGAUGAUCCCCUGUUUGGAAACAAUGCCAAGCUCAUCUACUCCAUCCUACUUGGGGAGCCAUACUUCUCUGUGGAGCCCAAGACAGGCAUCAUCAUGACCUCGAUGGCCAACAUGGACAGGGAGGCUAGGGACCAGUAUUUGGUGGUGGUGCAGGUGAAAGAUAUGCUGGGACUGAGCGGUGGUUACUCUGCCUCCACCACUGUCACCAUCAGCCUGACGGACGUCAAUGACAACGGACCCACCUUCCAGCACAACAUGUACACCUUUGCUGUUCUGGAGUCUGCUGCGGUGGGUACCACGGUGGGCAGGAUCAUGGCAGACGAUGGUGACGUGGGCAUCAACUCCAGGAUGAACUACAGUCUAGAGGACCUGGAGGAGAGCGCCACCUUCAAGAUCCAAACGGAUCCAGUCACACAGGAAGGGGUGGUCCUCCUGGCCAAGCCUCUGGACUAUGAGAGCAAGCGACGGUUCAUCAUGGCUGCGGAGGCUGUCAACGAUCACAUAGACACCCGCUUUCUGAGCUACAACGAGUUUCGGGACAGGACGACCCUAAAGAUCGUCGUCGAGGACGUGGAUGAGCCCCCUAUCUUCAUGGCGCCCGAUUAUGAGUGGAAGGUUCCGGAAAAUGCGGUGGCAGGGACUGUGGUUGGCACUGUUAGCGCCAGAGACACUGAUGCAAUCAACAACCCAAUCAGAUAUUCCAUUGACAAAAUCAGUGAUAUCACAAAAGCUUUCAAAAUAGACCCAAAGAAUGGGACCGUAACUGUUGCGAAACCUUUGGACCGUGAGGAAGCAGCCUGGCACAAUCUAACCUUAAACGCCAAGGAAACAAAGCAGAACCAUCUAUCCUCGUCUGUUGUGGUGUUCAUCAAAGUGCUGGACAUAAACGACAAUGCGCCAAUGCUUGCCGGAGACUACCAGCCAUAUAUCUGUGAGGGCACACAGUCAGGAGAGCUCAUCCAACUGAUCAACGCCGUGGAUCUGGACGACCCUGUGGAGGGACACCAUUUCUACUUCUCCAUGGUCCCUGAGAAGCACAUUAACCCCAAUUUCACCAUCAGGGACAACCAAGACAACAGUGCUAGCAUCCUGGCACGGCGGAGCUCGUUCACCCGUAGGGACCGUACCCAGUACCUGCUGCCCAUGGUGGUGGCGGACAGUGGCUCCCCAGCCCUCUCCAGUACCAGUACUCUGACCAUCAGCGUGUGCAGCUGUCAGCCCGCCGGCCACUGCCCCACAGGCGGGGUGGAGGCCCUGGCCCUCUCCAUGGGGGUCAGCCUCCAGACACUGCUGGGCUUCCUGGUCUGCCUGGCAACACUCACAGUGCUGUCCAUUGUAAUGCUGAUGCUGAGGAGACACAGAAGGAAACAGCAGGAGGGACUGGGGAGAGCGGAGAAGGUGCUGGAGCUGCCUAAGAGGGUCUCAGAGAAGGUGCUGCACUACGGAGAACUAGGAGGCGGAGGAGGGGGUGACGUGGGGGGAUUCUGUCAGCCUGCUGUCCCCCUCCGUCCCCACCCCCGCAGGAGGGACAGGAGGCUCCGCAGAGAGGAGGUGGCGGCCAGUAUCAGAAUGUCCAUGUCCCUCCGCCACUCCCUCCUCAUCGGCCCAGAGGACGAUGUCUUUAAACAGUUCAUCAUGGACAGGCUGGAUGAAGCGGAUCAGGACCCCUACGUGCCGCCAUUUGACUGCCUGAAGACCUACGCCUUCGAGGGCACAGGGUCAGCCACAGGGUCCCUUAGCUCCCUGGAGUCAUGGGACUUUGUGGACUCUGACCAAUGUCCACGGGAUCCCGGAUCACGCCUUGUCAGACUGACUCUCUGGCACGGGGGAGCGGAAGAGGAGACAACCUUCUGAACUGCUAACAUAAUAACAUACAUAAUAGUACUGCACAUCCAUGAACUCAAUUUGGACAUCCUGAUGGAAGAGACAAAUAAGUAUGUUUUCUUCCGCUGUAUGGUUGAAAACAGUGGAGCUAGCUGUAAUAAUUAUUAUCAGUGUUAUGACAGUUAUACUUUUUUGUUGAACAGGCAGUUUCUUAAUUAUUUUUUAACAGUAUUUAAAGCAACAUAACUUUCUAUACAUGACCUCAUUCUGCAUUGGUUCAAAAGAUGGGUAACACAUUCUAGUAUUUCAACCUUCAUGACAGUGUCAUAAGCACAUCAUAAGUUUCUUGACACAUGCCAGAACUUUACAUUCUUGGCAGAUGAAUUAGAUAGGACCUGUAGCUACACAGAAAAUUCAAGUGUUAGAAAACCUAAAUGAACACUGAGAGUGUUACAUCAACACUGAAAGUGUUGAGUCUGUGGAACAGUGUUAAAAUAACACACUGCUUAGUGUAAAUCCUUAUUUCAAUAUUUCCCUGAGUGCCUUGUCUUUCGAGUACAUUGUAGAGUUACCACCCAUGACUGUAUUUGUUAGUGACAGAGACAUGGUUGUUGCAUUCAUCCAUUUUUGGUCCUAUGGACUUCACCAAGUGAGAUCCUAAGCGAAUAUGUUAUCAUACAAAAAUAAUAUAUUAACACAAUAGCAUACAUAUAUCAUAAGGCCUUAUUUUGAGAGUUUUACCCUAAUACAGGUGCCUGAAAUUCAUACACAUCACUUUGAAUCAAAACCACGCCCAUCAUUAUCAUAUUCCCCAGCAUGCUCUAUUGCAGGUAGAUGUUUUUGAAUUGUUUGUUUCCAUAUCUAUGUUUGUGCAUGUACAUUGGUUGAUUGAUUGAUUAAUUCAUUAAUCUUAUGCUACUCAAAUAUAAAACCACAUACAUUUUUCUGAACUAAUCCAAUAUGUUACUUGGACUUAUUGCACCAUUACUGAAAUUGUUGUUCCAGUUUAGAUGCUUAGGGAGUCUCAUAGUUUAGUUUCCCCCCAACCCUGGCAGUCAUUCUUAAUACAUGUUGAGAGUGACCAAAAAAUGCAAUAGUUAGAUAUCCCCACACUGGCUGGAUUCCAAUAGGAGUACACAUCACAUUGGAAGCCAGCAUAAUGUGACUUGCAGGCCUAAUGUGGCCUGUAAACCAUGAGUUUCAGGCCAUUGUAUUACAAGCUCAGAAAAGGUUGUCACUAUAGUGCAAGGGUGUCAAACUUAUUCCAUGGAGGGCCUAGUGUCUGCAGGUUUUUCUUUUUUCCUUUCAAUUAAGCCCUACACAACCAGGUGUGGGG